AUGCCGGACAAGGAGGAGGAGAACUUUUGCGAGAAAAUGGCAAAAGCCACCAGAGGGAUACACGCGAUCAGCGAUGCCCUGGUGAACGCGAAACUAGCAUUCGGCUUCCUCGAUGAUUCCGUAUGGGCCGACGGGCUUCUGGUUUUCUACGAGGUGUUUCGCUACUUGGAGGGUGCGAUGAUCAGAUUAAAGAACACCAAAAUUGGAUUGCUGCCGCUCGGCGAGCUUCAACGCACCGAAGCCUUCGAGCGAGAUCUUGAUCACUACUUGGGAAAGGAGUGGAGGAAGAAUUACAGUCCUAGGUACAUAUAG